ACACCUCCUGCUCUGACAGUUAGAAAGCCAACCGGCAGCAGGGAGGCUGAGGGUCGGAUUUUUCCACUACAACACAGGAGUCGGUCAACCAUACAAGUGUUUGAGGUGUUUUAUCUUCGUCAUUGUUCAUCGAAUUGUGUAAAUUCUAAAUUUUAAAUCUUCAUCCAGUUUUAAAGUUGAAUGUCUGAGAGUGGAAGCUACAUAGCUAGAAGGACACUUAGCGAGCUAACAGGCUAAUAUAUUUCCGCUCGGAUUGUGAAUUACAUUUUUAUUUUGAAUAUUUAACAUCGAAGACGUUCGUGCUGCCAACCCGAAGUGAAGACUUGUGAGGAACAAUGAUGGAUUUUGCUGCCGGUUGCCUUGGAGGUGCUGCUGGAGUUCUAGUUGGACAUCCUUUUGACACUGUAAAAGUCAGGCUUCAAGUUCAGGAUAUGCACAAGCCAUUGUACAGGGGAACAUUUCACUGUUUCCAGUCCAUCAUACGGCAAGAAUCAUUAUUUGGUCUGUACAAAGGCAUCGGUUCUCCUAUGAUGGGCCUGACAUUCAUCAAUGCCAUUGUCUUUGGUGUGCAAGGCAACACAAUGCGUCUUCUGCAAAAAGACACUCCCACAAACCAAUUCCUAGCAGGGGCAGCUGCUGGAGCCAUCCAGUGUGUUAUUUGUUGCCCAAUGGAACUGGCCAAGACACGCCUGCAGUUGCAAGGUACUGGUGAAAAGAAGACGUCCACUCGCAAGGUGUACAAAAACUCGUUGGACUGCCUGGCCCGGAUAUACCAGCGUGAGGGUGUGCGGGGCGUCAACAGGGGCAUGGUGACCACCCUCAUUCGUGAGACGCCUGCCUUUGGAGUGUACUUCCUAGUUUACGAUGUGUUAACACGUUCACUAGGUUGUGAGCCACAUGACUCGUACAUGAUACCUAAACUGAUGUUUGCUGGUGGUAUGUCAGGUAUUGCCUCGUGGCUUUCGACAUAUCCUGUGGAUGUGAUUAAGUCUCGGCUACAAGCAGAUGGUGUUGGAGGAAAGUUCCAAUACAGUGGCAUCAUGGAUUGCACACGCAAGAGCUUAGAGAAAGAGGGCUGGCGUGUGUUUACUAGAGGCCUCACAUCCACUCUGCUCCGAGCUUUUCCUGUCAAUGCAGCUACUUUCGCUACUGUAACACUCUUUCUCAUGUAUGUACGGGGAGAGGAAGCUCCCAAAGAUUGCGAAGCUGACCCACAGCACCAUGCUGCAUUAGAGCAGCAAGCACAGCCUACCAGCAUGUAAAGGCCUUAGUUUUCAGUGUGUAAGCCAGGGCUAAGUUGCGUCUGCCCUCUGUUGGUGACGUACCCACCAACCAGUCUGGAAAUCUGGAGAAAUAUUUCAUAUAUAACAAAGGGAUUUUGAUUGUGUGUUCCUACAGAAAUAUUUUUUCUUACUUCUAUGUGCACCAGAUGGUAGGACUAAUAUUACUGUCUAGAACCACUGUUGCAUGACUACUGCUGCUAAUGCUGGUACUGUACACAGCAGCAAAAAGGCAGCAACUGCUGCAGUGAAAGAAAUUCACAUCCUGUUAUGCCACCAUUCAUUAACUGUUAAAUUGUAAUGAAUUAAAAAUGUAAAAACUACUUCUUGAGGUCAAGUAGUUUAUAAACAAAUGUGAAAUACAGAUGAAAAAGUGCACUUUAGGUUUUUUUUUCACUGUAGAACAUGGGCGUGUAAAAAAAGCAAUGUCUGUCAUUUCCAUAAUUUAAAUUGCUAAUACACAGCUUCCCAAACUUUAAAGGCAUGAAGCUCCCCCCCCAGAAAUCAGAAAAAGCUGCAUGGCUCAUCUAUUUUUUAUAUAGAUUGAUAAAAUCUAGAUAAAUAUGUAUAAUAAAUUAGAUUGUCUCUUUGCACAAAAUGGCUUCAUUUGUUUACAGUAGCGAAGGUUCCAUUGGCGUUAUGUGCACUACCAAACUACACAAGAACACAAGAUGAUUCGCUUCAUUCUCUCUGAAUCCUAUAUUGUUUUGGACAUGAAAUAUUGUUACUGCUUUUCUCUGCUAGAUUGAGUCCAUCCAAUGCCUACCAAGUAGGCCAGUUUGCAAAGCCAAUCAAAAUCACAGAGAUGAAUCAGAGAGGAAUGAACGCUCUGCCUCAUGAGAGCCAUCAGAUGUCCCAUCUUUUCACACAAAAGGGAAAAAAAAUGUUCUUCUAAUAGGAUGCUGGGCAUAGUAACUUGCAUAGUUUCAGCGGUUCAUUAAAAAGAACUCAUCUCUGUACUUGCGACUUUUUUUGUGAGUCUCUAGCGCUCUCGGGUCCAUUUUGGAAUAGGCUGAUAAAUAUCUACAGAGUGACAGACACUGAAAUCGUAACAAUACAGUUAGAAAUAAGCAUGGUUUCUGACCUUACAAUAAUAAAAAAAAACUUCUGCAAUGCCUCUGUGGCUCACCAGGGGGACAGGGCCCACACUUUGGGUAGCACAGUGCUAAGAAAUUUAGUCAUUUUCCCAAGGCAGCAUUCUAUGUACUGUAGAAUUCUUGAUAAUUCAUGAGCACUGAUACUCAUGAGAAUUGGAAAAUAUUGUUAGAUUAGUUAAAAUUUGAAUCUACCUGGGCUGGUUUCCUAGAAUUUAGGUAUCAUGUACUGAAGUGAUUGUAGAAAAGUAGAAACUCAUUAUCAACAUAAUUCUGUUAUUUCCUGCAUGUUAAAGAGAAGGAUUUUUAAAGAAUGUGUAAAAUUAAGAAUCCAUGUCUUUAGUUCCAUGCAAUAAAUUGACUGUCUUCACCAUUUAAAAAGAAUGCUGUUGUUUUUAUUUUUCUUGGUAAAAUGGUAACAGCAUGAUUUUUCCCAAUCAGUACAAAAUUAUGAUGCUUUGUUACAAGCAAAAUUUGCCUCAAAACUACUGUACAAGAUUCUUUUAUUUCUCUACAUUGUAUGUACAUUACAAAGUCUAUCCGAUGCGGUUGGAACAGUGUGUAACAUUUUCUACUGAUUAUGUUUGUAUUUAAACUCAAUUAUAGCAGUUAGUGGAACCUGCAUUAAGCUGGGUUAUCAUGUUAGCAUGCUGAGUGUUACUGAGCGGAAGAGAACCUGACCCCGGUAGUGUAGGUAGGUUAUGUUUUAUGUUGCAUCAUCACGAAACUAGAAAUAAAUCAAGUGACACUGAAA